GAGUGGAGGUGAUUGAAGCGUGCAGCUAUAGAAAGAAAGAGGCGGAGAGAGAAACUGAAUUCCAGCGAAUUAAUCACCGUCUGUUCCUGUGUGAGAGGGAAGACAGUCGAUAGAGAGAGAGAGAGAGAGAGAGAGAGAGAGAGAGAGAGAGAGAGGAGAGAAGGAAGGGGAGGAGGGGAAGCGGAGCCUGACGCAGUGUGAGAGGCAGAAACUGAGAGGAGAGAGGCAGCGGUGAGAAGGCAGAACAUCACAUCAGACGCCGUUUUGCAUCCUAAAAACCCUGACGCGGGUCAAAGCACCACAUCUUCUCCGGUCACAGCUCUCCUCUGGAAGCAUGGAGGAGACAGGCGGAAGCUGGGACAAAUCUGUGAUAGACAGAGUCUAAGGAAGAAAAAGAGAACUACAAUAAUACCACGCAUUACACACGUACUGCCAGAGGCAACGAGCGGAGCGUUGUGUUAAGGAGCGGCGUCAUCUGGAGCAUCUGGAGCAGUGAUGUGAAAGCGCCGACAUAUUGAAGACUCUCCUCGUUCGCUCAGAGAAGACCUCCACCUGCAAAGGGACCAGCUCUCAAAUCGGCUGCAGAGCAACAGGAAGUGAGAAAGAAUGACAAGCGGUGCUCGUCAAAUCCAGGAAGAGGACAGCAACGGAAGAUAUGAGCGCCAAUCUGACAUCAGGACCAAUUCAAAUAGCCUGUUUAGACAUGAAAUGUAACCCUCCAUUAGGGAUCUGAUAUAGUUUAGUUUCACAUACUGCCAGUGAAGUGCCCUGUCCCAAUCUGGGUCUUUCCUGAUUUAAUAUUAGCUAAAAUCCUCUUUUUGACACAACAAAGAAACACCAACCUUAAAGUUUCCCAUCUUGUAACUGUGUCACAGCAAAACAGGCUCUCAGUCUAGUUCCAGGGGCCCAAGCAACAAGCCUCGAGUAAAAUAUGAAUAAAUGAUAGAUGACAAGCAUCUGUGGUUGGCUCUCUCCAAUGGAUAUCGCAUCGCCUUCCCAAAUGGCUCAGAGAACAGGACAGCUGAGACGUAGUGCGGCUGGAGGUUCUUCAUCAGGGAUCUUAUCAAAAGCCAGCUCUUCCCUGAACUGGCUCGUCCUGCUGUCAGUGUUGCAGCUGCCAGCAGUAGCGGCUGAUUGUUGGCUUAUCGAAGGGGAGAAAGGCUUUGUGUGGCUGGCUAUCUGCAGUAUGAACCAGCCUCCCUUUGAAGCCAUCCCCACCCACAUGAACAGCACUAUUGUGGAUCUCAGGCUGAAUGAGAACAAGAUACGGUCGGUCCAUUAUUCCUCGCUCAGUCGCUUUGGAAACCUCACCUAUCUGAACCUCACCAAGAACGAUAUCAGCUACGUGGAAGAUGGAGCGUUCUCAGCACAAUUCAACCUGCAGGUUCUCCAGAUGGGCUUUAACAAACUGAGGAACCUGACAGAGGGGAUGAUGCGAGGUCUGGGCAAGCUGCAGUAUCUCUACCUGCAAGCCAAUCUCAUCGAGACUGUUGCACACAACGCCUUCUGGGAGUGUCUCAAUUUGGAGAACAUAGACCUCUCCAUGAACAGGAUCCAAGUUCUGGAUGGUAACUUGUUCUCUGGGCUCUCCAAGUUGACCACCUGUGAACUUUACACGAACCCCUUCAGCUGCUCCUGUGAGCUCCUGGAUUUCCUGCGCUGGCUCUCAUCGUUCCCCAACAGAACCAGUGAGAGGAUGGUGUGUGACUCCCCUAAAGGACUGUCUGGAUACAACCUGCUGAGCCAGAAUCCGCGCAUGCCCACCCAGCGCAACGCUCUGUAUGCACUCAACGUCGCAUGCACAGACGACGGCAACAGCGUGACAAAUGUGUACGUGGUUGACCUUACCACCCAGUUGCCAGAUUUUGCCUCUCCCUGUGGACUGGACGACUGCUCCUCUGGGACCCCUCCUGAUGAGGUCAUCAGUUUGAGCCCCAUUUUUCCGGAGGCCAGACCAAUCAUGACACUCAAACAGGUUCAACACUCGAGUGCGGUGGUAACAGUUCAGAUUCCCCACCCGUAUAAAAAGAUGUACAUACUCAUGCUUUAUAACAACAGCUUCUUCACUGACAUCCAGAAUCUAAGAAAUCAAAGAGAAGACAUUGAACUAAAGAACCUUAAACCCAACACUGACUACACAUACUGCGUGGCUUCUAUAAGAAACUCUCUACGCUUCAACCACACCUGCCUGACCAUCUCCACCGGCCGCAGAGCCGGAGCUGAGACGGUAACCAAUCCGUCGUCUGCCACACACUACAUCAUGACUAUUCUGGGAUGUCUGUUUGGCAUGCUGCUCUUCCUUGGCCUUCUUGUCCACUGCCUGAGGAAAAGAAGGAUCAUGGAGGAGAAGGAGAGAAAGAUGAGUAGGAUCCAGAGGACUCUGAUAGAGCUCAAGUACGGAGGUGAAGGAGACAUAGAGGGAGGGAGCGGCGGAUCGGUCUCACAGAAGCUUGCUGCGGGGGACAGUCUGUCCAGAAUGCCUUACUUGCCCCAGGGCAGUGAGAUAGAUCCAUACAAGCUCCAGGAGGUGAUAGAAACACCGGGGCACAAGUCUGCCAAGCUCAACUACAUGGAGGUUAGAAGCUCUGGUAUUGAAAAAGAGAGGGAAAGAGAGAGAGAAAGGGAGAUGUCACCACAAGCAAACCCGCAGGGCUCGGUAGCGGAGAUCUCCACCAUCGCUAAAGAAGUUGAUAAAGUUAAUCAGAUAAUUAACAACUGUAUAGAUGCUCUCAAGUCUGAGUCCACCUCCUUUCAGCAGGGAAUGAAAUCCCCCUCUUCUGUAAGUGGAGGAGCUGUUUCAAAUGAGGAGCCACAGCUUGUUCUCCUGUCUGAACAAGGAGAACGAGGGGGGGAGUUUCUUUCCCCGGUGUACCAAGGAGGAAGGGGAGGGCGAGAAGAAAGGGGGAGGAAUUACCAUCACACGUUGCAACGACACCAUAGCAUGGAAGCUCCUCCUACCUCCAAAAGACCAAGCACCUCCUCUUCCCCUGGCUCGGCCCGAAGUCCUCGCUCCUUCCGCUCAGAGGGAGGGUACCACUCAUCGGAGUCCAGGUACAUAGAGAGAAACUCACCUGGGGAAAGAGGAGGUGGCGGAGAUGCCAUUCGUACCGUCAACCCGGCUGCCGCAAUCUUACGGGCUGAGGCUCAGCGAAUCCGCCAGUACAACGAGCACCGCCACUCCUAUCCAGGUUCCCAGCAGCACCUCCAGGAGCUGCAGCACCCACCGAUCCUACAGGAGCUCCAUCACCACCCUGGAGGCCGCAGACCCUCUGUGUUAGACCCCCUCACUCUUAGCCGGCAAGCCAAGCAGCGUGAGUUGGCCUACUCCCAGCUUUCACCUCAUUACCCACUCUCACCCCAAUAUCACAACCUUAGUUACUGCUCUAGUCCUGAGGAAGAUGAGGAGGAGGAAGAAGGGCUCUUAUGUACCCCUACCCUAGGGCUCUGGGAGAGGUUCAAACUGCACCGGAAGAGGCACCGGCAGGCCUCCUUGGAGGAUGAGGGAUACGUGGCAGCUGGACACGCACUGAGGCGAAAAGUUCAGUUUGCCAAGGAUGAAGACCUUCAUGACAUACUGGACUACUGGAAGGGUGUGUCGGCCCAACAUAAAGCCUAAACUCGCACGAAGACCCCAAACUCCUUGAUCCUGGACAAUCGAGACAUUACCUAUUGAUACACUCACACACUGACGUGUUCAUUAAAGAGCUUGUAAAUACACACACACACACACACACACACACACACACACACACACACACACACACACACACACACACACACACACACACACCAGGCUCGUACUUGACACAAACUAAGCCUUUUCCUCCCAGGACAUGGAUGAGGACCAAACAAAUAUAUUACUUUGAACAAAAGAAUUACGUAACUUAUUGAGACUGAGUAACUUUUUUGUAACAAAAUGGAAAUUCUAGCUCAGACGUUUGUAGCUAAGUUCUGAAUGAAUAAGAAUAGAAACAAAAUUACAAAUAGAAACCUUAAAUGUCGUUGGAAAACCCACCCGGAACAGCCGGGUGAUGCUUUUCAUCACUACAACUAGACCGGUGCAGAUUAAGUUCACCCACACAGAGCCCUCCUCGUGAUGGUAACCUACUGGGAACUGCUCUGCUGCACGGGUUGUUGUUUAUUUCAAAUGCAGCCUGAAGAUUUUAAAAGACUCUGUGAUUUCAGGAAUUAAAAAAACAUCGAAAAGACUUCAUUCUGGGUGGGUCACCAGGAAACAGAAAUCUUUAACUGUGCUGAGAUUAUGUAGGUAGCUUCUAACAGGGAGUGAUAAUGUGCCAAAUCAACCGAGGGGGUAGUAGAGCCCUACUGUGUACUAACCUCUUCUCACCACUGUUUUUAUAUUCAGGAUUUCAAAAAAUAACAAAACAAAGUAUAUUAUGUUAUUAUAACUCAUUAUUCUUAUUAUCUUCUUAUUAUUCUUAUGGUCCUCAUCAUUAUUAAUAUUUUGUCAUUUGAAUAUGGCAUGGCUAUAUUGUGUGACCGUGUUUUUUGACUGUUUUGAGCCUCUCAGCUGGGAAAAGUAUGUGACAAACUCUCCGACUCCAACGUUUGAGUCCUUCUUCUCCACCAAGAGGAAUGUGCUCUCUCUUUUGAGCCAAAAACAAGCCAGCCUUUUCUCUUGGUGAACCUCCGCUACACAUACUCCUCAUCCUGGAGAUUGGACGCAGCACAGACGAACAGAAAAGUUCUAUAUUUGCAACAGAGGUGACUGUUUUGUUUGUAUCAAAUGUUUUGGAACCUUUCAGACUUUUCAGAGACCUCAGUCCGACGUAAGUUACCUACCUGCUCACUCAAACUGGUACGUUUUUGAUUUUGAAAACAAACUAAAUGUCCUGAUCUUCAAACGAAUGUGUCGAAUUCCCAGAGGGGAAGCGUAAAUGCACUGUUCAAAAUCAUAAAACGACCUUUAGAGAAAGAACUAAAACUUUUCGACGCGCUGCAGGCUCCACUGUGUUUUAUCAGCGUUUCAUCACCUUCCCAGGGUUUUGUUUGUUUUUUUGGACUCCUCUGGUUCCACUGUGGUGCCAUAGUGCCAACUUGAUACAUCACAAGUAUUUUUAAUUGUUUUUAAGAUAUCUCCAUUUUACAGAGCUCUUCUGCAUUACAUUGAUACACAUCAGCUUGCCAAACCGUACGACAAUUUGCACAAGAAGAUUCACUAUCAGUGGCUCACUGAGUCCUUUAUAUUCUCAAAUCAUUUCUAAGACCAAAGUACUGUGGUAGUAAAAUUACUCUUGACCCCCCCGUUCUGUCCUAGCAGGACCCAGCUUUAGGCCCACCAUCACUCUUACAGUUCAGACUGCUUAUAACUCGAUUGAGAUCCUGCUCCUCUCACCUUGAAGUGAUAAACGGUGGAUUUAUGACAGAUGUGGAAAGCCUUCAGAAUGAAGCCAGUCAUGUUGGUGCUGCAUUAGCACCUGCCAAAUUAUUAUCUAUAUGCUUGUAUCGUGCUCAUGACGAUCCUACUACACUCAAAGAAAGGAAACGUUGAAUUAACAAAGUAAUGUCAGCUGGUUCCAUCAAACCAUCCAUCCACUUCUCAUACUCACUUGUCCAUGCAGGGUCGCAGGGGCACUGGUGUCUAUCUCUAGCUGUCUUCAGGCAAGUAGGCGGGGUACACCCUGAACAGGUUGCCAGUCUAUCGCAGGGCAACACAGACACACACACACAAACACACACCUAUGGACAAUUUAGAGAACCAAUUAACCCGACAGUCAUGUUUUUGUUCUAUGGAGGAAGCCAGGGCGGAGAGAACCCACGCAGGCACAGGAAGAACCCAUGCCGGGAUGUGAACCCAGGACGUCCUUGCUGCAAGACAACAGCACUAACCACUGCACCACUGUGCCAUUAGACCAGUGGUUCUCAAUUAUUUUAUAACACUUUUAGCUUGAGAGGUGCUAUGCAUCAGAUUGUUUCUUCUUCUUAAGCAAUAGGUUUAGUGGAACCAGUUGGCUUAACUUGGUUAAGUAAAAUCGACAUUUCACUUUUCAGAGCGUGUGUUCAGUCACACACGGUGUGCUGCCGGCCCAGUGCUGUCCUGGCAUGAAGCUUUCAGACAGCAUUAGGAUGCAGCUAAAAGGUCGCACCGAUCCAGCACGACACUGAUGACAUGAUGAGGUGAAGCCAUGCCCAACAUGAAUGCAACUACUGGGCAUGGUGGCGCAGUUGUCAGCACUGUUGCCUCGCAGCACGAAAGUUGCAGGUUCAAAACUCGGCUGCGGCCUUUCUGCGUGGAGUUGCGUGUUCUCCCCAUGCAUGCGUGGGUUUCCUCCGGGUACUCCGGUUUCCCCCACAGAUCACAACACGCCCUAUAGGUUAUAAAUUGUAAGUCGCUUUGGAUAAAAGCGUCUGCCAAAUAAAUAAACAUAAACAUAAACAUAUUGGAAGGUUUGUGCAUGUGGUGCCCUUGUUCUUAAUAACCCUCACCAAGACUCCAUAAAGACCACCCACUUUUCAUUGUUUUAAUUUGAAAAAUAUUUUUUUUAUAGUUUUUUACAUUAUGGCAGGGUCUUAGUCCAGUGUGAAGGGGGCCUUUCCACAUUCGAACACACAUCCAGUCAUACUCGUGCUCAUACAUGCAAACAAAAAAUGAAUGUAUUCUGUUUUGCAGCAGGAUUCUGAUAUAGAAGCAAAACAGUUUUGUUUUCUGAUCUUUUCUCCUAGUCAGAAUGACAGAAUUAUUAUUGUAUUUCUAUCACAUUUAAUCAUGACCAAACUGAUGCUAUUGGGGGAAAGGGAGCAGUGCCGCAAAAGACCAAACGGUCACUGCAGCUGUUUUAUUUUAUUUUUUUCAUUAAGUAUUAACUAAGGAGUUUUAUAUGAAAAAUGUCAUAGUAAAACGUAAUUACUAGCAUUUGUGUGGUGAGAUGAGUUGUACUAUAUCUAAAGUAUCGGCAGGUUUUAAUCACCGGACAUGGUCAUGUGUCACAUGAUUCAAUAGUCCACCCAAAACUUUGCUUCAUCAUCUGUAAGAAGACCGUCAUCCAAGGAUGGAGUCAAGGGAAUUUCAAUUCAGCAGGUUUUCUAGUUAAGCCUGUAGUAUUCCCAUUACAUAGUAUAAUUUGUACUUCUUAAUAAAGAUGCAGAGUACAUUGCUAUCACUUUCUGGUUUGAAAUAAAAUUGACUCCAACCAUGAACAACAAUAAAACAAGAAGGCAGGUAAACAAUAAAGGGUUCAUCGUUGAACUGAAACACUGUAAAAUAAUCGUUUUCUCUGCUGAGUCCAGAAAGCUCAUUAAUCCUGGUUAAAGCCAUAAUCGCGGGUUAUAGAAAUCCCCAUUAUUUGUAGCACAGCAAAGCACAUCAUUUGUGUAGACAAGAAGUUGUUUUCUCUCUUUAUGCUGCAGCAGCUAUGACAUGGUUUCUCUAACAGUCCAACCGUUAUCGAACAGAAAACUGUUGAGCUGUGCUUGGUUGUGCAUUAUAUGCCCAGAUUGUGGCUUUAACUAAACAACAGCCUUAAAACAUUUAAUUUUCUUUCAUAUUUUUAACUUCAGCAUUGGUUUCAAAAGUAAAAAUACAAAAAAAAAAAUUAAAUAAAAAAUAAACUUGUACUUUCCUGACAGCAAUUUUCUAGUUGCUUGAUUCUUAAGCCUCACUUGAGCAUUCUCUGAGUAAAGGUUAUAUAAAUGUAGCGAUAUAUUAAAUUAUGUUUAUUUUUAUUUUUUUGCUCUUUUUAAAAAGAAUUCUGUUUAUGAACAGCAUCGGUCUGGAUUUGUCAGCGAGUAGCAUGGGUCCUCCACAACAAACGCCAACAAGAGCGUGGAUGAAACAACCCAUCUACAGCGACCACAGUCAGCCGUGCCGAACAUCUGUUUCCGAAACAGCAACGCUUAGAAAGAGGAAAUAAACGGAGGGACUUUUGACAGACACAGCAACGAAGCAUGCUGCAAGAAAAACCUCGGUGGACGCUUCUUCUGGUGAUCGACUCGAAAGGAAAGGAAGAAAGAGCUGGAGGAGAGAGGACAAUGCUUCGCCAUUGGCUCUCCCUCUCAGAAGCGUUCUAUUUCUUUUCUUUGUUGAAAACUUAAAAUGAGCACAAUAAAAUUGCCUUCCUUAAACUGC